CACCGCGUAUGGGAGUAGAGAGCAGCUGAGAGACGCUGGCCGAAAUCGGAGUCCCUCAAUCGGCUCAACCGUGAGCUAGAUCCCGCUGACUCCGCGGAUCUUAAAUGUCCAACAUCCCAGCUUCAAACCAACUUGCACUGAUUUCAUAACUCUGAUGUAUUGCAGGAGAGAUCUGGUUAACACCUUUCAAAGCGAAUACGCGUCAUUAAUAGCUGCCGCUAUCUUAUCUUGCGCUUCAUGAACAUUCCUCUCAAUUCCCUCCUUUGCUUUUGACGUUUGCGGUUUUCAGAGUCUAACAUGUCUCCUGUAAGAUUGCUCUUACCUUGUCUCCUCUUUGGAGAGGCUCUUGCACUGUCAGGGAGUUUUUGGCAUAUCACGGAUUUGCACUGGGACCCGACGUACAAACUAACGGAUAACCCGGAGCAAGUGUGCGCAUCCAGCGGUAAACGGCCAGCGCUUAGUGCUGGUAAAUUUGGAGACUAUGCCUGUGACGCGCCAUGGCACCUAAUCAACUCCUCGGUUUACGCGAUGAAGGGAAUCCUGCCAGACCCAGAUUUCAUUGUGUGGACAGGAGAUGAUACACCGCAUGUGCCAAAUGAGGAUCUAGGAGAAGAGGCGGUGGUUAACAUCAUUGGCAAUCUCACCGAGAUCAUAACUAUGGUGUUUCCACAUACUAAAGUGUAUUGUGCACUAGGGAACCAUGAUUACCACCCCAAAAGUCAGCUUCCUCCAGGCCCAAACUCCAUCUAUGACAAAAUAGCGGAAAUGUGGCAUCAAUGGCUGGAGCCGGAGUCCAAAAAAACAUUUAAAAAUGGUGGAUAUUACACAGAAAAACUCCUAAACCGAGCCGGUUACAGAAUACUGGUCCUCAACACCAAUCUCUACUAUGACCAGAACAAGGUGACCCACAAUGUUGGUGACCCAGCAGACCAGUUUAGUUGGUUGGAUGAGACCCUUACAGCGGCAGCUAACAACAAAGAAAAGGUCUACAUCAUUGGCCAUGUUCCUCCAGGUUUCUUCGAGAAGAAAAGAAAUAAACCAUGGUUCACACAAAAGUUCAACAAGAGAUAUGUAGAAAUAAUUCAGAAGCAUCAUCCGGUCAUAAUCGGGCAGUUCUUUGGUCACCAUCAUACAGACAGCUUUCGCAUGUUCUACAGUACAGAAGGCCUGCCCAUCAGCACAAUGUUUCUCAGCCCAGGAGUUACACCAUGGGAAACAACUCUUCCUGGAGUCGUGGAUGGAGCUAACAACCCUGGGAUUCGUGUCUUUGAAUAUGACACCGAAACUUUGCUGGUGAAAGAUGUGGUGACAUAUUAUCUGAACCUCACACACGCCAAUGCUGACAAAGAACGCUGGGAGAAAGAGUACCGCCUCACAGAAAGCUUCAGAGUGCCUGACGCCUCUCCAGCCUCAAUGCACCAGGUUCUGGAACGCAUUGCGACCGACCGCUGCUACCUGCAGAAGUACUACGAGUUCAACUCUGUCAGCUAUGAUAUGACAGACUGUGACAGCGACUGCCGUGUUGACCAUGUAUGUGCAGCGAGAGAAGUAGACUUUGAGAGGUAUGAACAAUGCCUGGUGAAAGAAGGAGCAGUUUCCAUUUAUGGAGGACUGCAGCUGGUCAUAUGUGUGGCAGCUGCCUGGAUGAUAGCUGGUUGGUAGAGAGGAUCGGCAUCACAGUUU